UCCCCUUCCGGCGCCUUUGGGUGACGUCACGACGAGCCUCUCUCGCAUUGGGCGAGGCGCUGGUCACAUGGGGCUGGCGCGAAGCCGCCCGCGCGCCGGAAGCGGAUCCCGCCGUGGCCGUGGCGACGGGACGCGGCGGGGCAGGGCCGGGACGCGCCCCGCCAUGGAGGGGGCCCCCGCGCCCGACGACCCCGACCGGCAGGCGCAGGAGUACGUCAGCCGACUGCGGGGCCCGGGGACCCCCCCCAGGCCGCCCCCCGCCGCCCCCCGCCGCCCCGACCCCGGGGCCCAGCCCCCCCGCUCCCCCGACCCCGGGGCCCAGCCCCCCCGCUCCCCCCCCGCGUCCUGCCGCGGGGCUGAAAAGGCCGCCCCCGGGCGGAGGGGGGCGCGGGGGGCCUGCUGGCACUGCCGCUGGAGCUGCUGCUGGAGAUCUGCGGGUACCUGGGGGCACGGGAGGUGCGGGGGGGUCCUGCCCCGCGUCUGCCGGGCGCUGCGGGAGGUGGCCUGGGACGCCGUGGCCUGGCGGCUCCGUCUGCAGCGCAGCGCCCGCGGCCCCUUCCCCGUCCUGGAAGAGGAGGGGUUCGACUGGUCGGCUGCCUGCGUGGACCUGGAGGAGCACCUGCAGCGCUGGGGGGGCGGCGGGACCCCCAUGGAGCACUUCUCUCUGGAUGAGGGACACUUUGCCUCCGUUGACUCCGUCCUCCUGCUGCAGGGAGGGACCCUCUGCGUUUCAGGUGCCCGUGACCGCAACGUCAACCUGUGGGACCUGCGGCAGCUGGGCCGGGCCCCCGGCAAGGUGCUGGUGAAGGCGCUGGGCACCGAGCGCAACGGGACUCACAAGGGCUGGGUCUGGUGUUUGGCCUCCCAAGACAACAAGGUGUGCUCAGGCUCGUGGGACAGCACGGUGAAGCUGUGGGACCUGGAAGCUGAGGGGCAGCAGUUUGGGGAGAUCAGAGAGAAGGCGGCUGUGCUGUGCCUCUCCUACCGCCCCGACGUCCUUGUCACCGGGACGUACGACAAGACGGUGACUGUUUACGACCCGCGAGCCGGCCAGGCUCUGGUGUGCAGCUACAAGCCCCAUGCUAGCGCCGUUCUGUCCUUGGCGGCCGAUGACCAGCUCAUCGUGUCGGGCAGCGAGGACCGGACCCUUGUUGUCUUUGACCGACGGGGCGAUGGGGUCCUUCAGCGCCUGCAGCUGGAAAACUACCUGCUCUCCAUGUCGUACCGGGGGACGCAGCUCUGGGCAGGGGACAACCAGGGCCGAGUGUACGUCUUCAGGAACAGCACUGGCAGUUUCCAGCCCGCCCGGUACUUUGACGUGGGGCACCGGCUGCAGAUCACGGGGCUCUGGCACUCGCUGGGGUCCCUCUAUACCACGUCCACCGACAGGACGCUGCGGAUACACGUCCCUACGGACCCUCCCCGCACCAUCUGCUCCUGGACGCAUGACGACGUGCUCAAUGGGAUCAGCGUGGAGGGCGACGUGGUGGCAGCCGCCUCGGGAGGCCUCUCAGUCGAGGUGUGGAGGCUCCGGACCUGACGUGCUGCUACGGCCCCAUGCUCACACUGCCUGGGAAGCGGGGCUGGGGGCGCUCCCCGGCGCCGGGGGGG